AAGAUUCUCAUCAACAAAUGGCCUCCAUCUUGAAAACAAGUUGCAAUCGUGCCUUGUAUCGUGAAGCUUUCUAUCAAGCAGCAAAAUUAAAACAAUCCGAAGGACUUUAUUCUAAUAUUGCCUAUUUUAUUCAAGGAGGAGACAUUAAAGCUAGAACACCUGGUAAUGAUGUUGAUUUAUCAUUUCGUCAAGAAAGUAAUUUUUACUAUUUAACUGGAUUGUCUGAACCUGGAUGUUGUUUACUUUUGAAUCCAUCCAAGAGUGAAUCUGUUUUAUUUGUUCCUGAAUAUGAUGAUGAAUAUGCAUUGUGGUGUGGUGACUAUCCAGUCAUUGAAGAUUACAAACAAAAACUUGGAUUUUCAAGAGUGGAAUAUAAGACUCAAGGAUCAACACUUGUUUCAUCAAUUCUCAAUGAAUGGCAAACUCACAAGGUUAUUGCCUUCGAUCAAGAAUCAAAAUCAAAUCAAUUAAUUCAACAACUUUCAAACGUUGAAGUUGUUGGUGAUGAAAUUACUCGUGCAUUCUAUGUUUUGGUUAGAGAUUUAAGAUUAAUUAAACAACAAGAGGAAAUUGAAAUGAUGAGAAAGAUGUGUCAAAUCAGUGGUGACGCUCACGUCAAGUGUAUGCAACGUUCUAGACCUGGAAUUAAUGAACGUGAAUUAGAAGCUGUAUUCAGAUAUGAAACAAUGAUAAAUGCUGGAUCAGUUUUCAUGGCUUAUGAUCCAAUUAUUGCUGGUGAUGAUCGUGGUGCUACAUUGCACUAUGUCAGAAAUGAUGAAAAUGUCAGUGAUGGUAGUUUAGUCUUGAUUGAUGCUGGUGCUGAAUGUUAUGGAUCAUUAUAUGCCAGUGAUAUUACUAGAGUUUUCCCAGUUAAUGGUAAAUUCUCUGAAAAGCAACGUCAAGUUUAUCAAAUUGUUCUUGAUGCUCAAAUGGCUGUAUUGAAUUCUAUGAAGCCUGGUGUUAAAUGGGAAGAUAUGCAUCGUUUGGCUUCAAGAGUCAUUACUAAAGGAUUGUUUGAAUUGGGAUUGUUGAAAGUUGAUGGAAAGAGUGGAGAAGAAGCUGUUGAUGAAUUGGUUCAAAACCACGUUGGAGCUGUCUUUUUCCCUCAUGGUUUGGGACAUGCUUUGGGUCUUGAUGUUCACGAUCCACCAAAUCGUGAUGGUAGUUUUGAAAAGAUCGACGAACCUGGUAUUGGUUAUUUGAGAUUGAGAGUUACUCUCCAAAAGGGUAUGGUCUUGACUGUUGAACCAGGUAUCUAUUUCAAUAAGAGAAUGAUUGCCAACGCUUUCAAGAAUGAAACAACAGCCAAAUACUUGAAUGCCACCCUCAUUGAUGAAUACAUGUGUGUUGGAGGUAUUAGAAUUGAAGAUGAUGUUGCAAUCACUGAUGAUGGUAUUGAUAAUUUGUGUGCAGGUGUUCCAAAGACCAUUGAUGAAAUUGAAAAGAUCAUGACUAAAUAAAUAUUUUUGUAAAUUUUAAUUUCA